AUGACAACGCUCAAUCUCGUGGAGGCUGGCAUCUAUAGUCUCCAAGACGCUCUAUCCUCCGGCUCCUUAUCAUCAGUUGAGCUUGUGGCCUUGUAUCUGCGUCGCAUUUCGAAAUAUGACUGCCGAAACACUGUCCUGAACUCAAUCCCUAUUCUCAAUCCGAACGUAUUCGAGGAAGCUGCAGCAUCGGAUGACCGCCGUGCUUCCGGCCAGGCAGGGCGCCUUGAAGGUAUUCCCUUUACCGUCAAGGAUAGCUUCAAAGUCAAGGGCAUGACUGUCUCCUGCGGAUCGCCGGCUUUCAAAAAUCUCAUUUCCAACGAGGAUGCCUUCACUGUCAGCAGCAUUCGUGCAGCUGGUGGAGUUCUGAUCGGAAAGACAAAUAUGCCUUCGAUGGCAUAUGGGGGAAUGCAACGCGGCAUCUACGGCAGGGCAGAGAGCCCUUACAAUCCAGAGUUCCUGGCGGCUGCCUUUGCGUCCGGCUCAUCGAAUGGGUCUGGUGUUUCAACGGCGGCUUCUUUUGCGGCUUUUGGGAUGGGCGAGGAGACUGUAUCCUCAGGGCGUUCGCCGGCUUCCAACAACGCGCUGGUUGCGUAUACACCGUCCAGAGGCUGGAUCUCCAUCCGGGGAAACUGGCCGCUGUACCCAACUUGUGAUGUUGUUGUCCCACAUACUCGGACAAUGAGUGAUAUGCUCACACUUCUUGAGGUAAUAUCUGCCAAUGAUCCAGUUACCGAAGGAGACUAUUGGAGAAACCAGCCAUAUGUGUCUAUUCCAGAGCCAUGGGGAGGGAGGCCUUCCGCCACUCUCUUUCAAAACAUCUCCGAGUCGGUAUCACUCAAGGGUCUACGUAUAGCAGUUCCGGAAAUGUACAUUGGAGGCAAGAGCCCCGAUGGCGCAGCCCCAGUCACUACUAGUGAGGGCGUAAUCAUGGUCUGGGGUGAGGUUAGAAAGAAACUUGAGUCUCUUGGAGCCGAAAUUGUACUGGUGCCCGACUUUCCUGCUGUCACAGCCUACGAAAAUCCCGAGUUGCUACAAGCUGUGACAGGACUGCCUGAGAACUGGCAAUGGACUGAAAAAGGGCCGCUUAUUGCACAUGGCUGGGAUCUCUUUCUCAGCUCAAAUGGAGAUCCAAAUACGCCAAAUCUAGCCAGCGUCGAUGAAAACAACAUUUACCCAGAUUCAUUGCGAACACCAGUCGAGAUUGAAAACCUCCCAACACAAAAUGUCAUUCAUUGGGGCAAGCUUGCCAAAUAUGUAAAAGAGGGCACCGGUUCAAUGUUCGAUAUCAAGGAUCUGGAUGCUGCCUCCAUAAACCUCGAGACGAUGCGCAAACAGCUCUCAGAUGAUUAUCUCGAACGUUGCGGGUGUGACUGUUUCGUUUUCCCGGCAGCUGGCGACGUUGGGUCUGCUGAUGCCGACGUCGACUCAGCUCAUGCUGCACACGCCUGGUCUAAUGGUGUUUUCUACAGUACUGGGAACAGGGCCCUACGCCAUCUUGGCAUCCCGACGGUGACUGUCCCGAUGGGAAUGAUACCAGGUAAAAACAUGCCCAUUGGUUUGACAUUUGCCGGCCGUGGAUUCGAUGAUGAAAAUCUGUUGAAGUGGGCAAACGCAUUUGAGACGCAGACGAAACUAAGAAGCCCUCCACCGCACACUCCGUCGCUGCCGUCGGAUUUCAUCCAAUUGUCGUCCAAAAAUCAUUCAAUCAAGACUAGGCCGCAGAUCCUAGUUACGAAGUGUACUUCCACACGUACCACGGAAACCGGGUUGCUACGAGUUGAGUUUGAGGGAACAAUUCAAGUUGAUUCGGCUAGCAGUGACCGCCCACCAGCAAUUCAGGUCGCGGUAGAUGGGCAAGACGUACCUGAUGAACAAAUCAUUGUUGAUCGUGUCGCCAAUGAAUCGGGGGAGGGUCAUGGCUUGUAUCUUUUCCGGGGAUGGGGAGACACCCGGGCCACCAGAAAGAAAUGA